CCGCGUCCUCGGGAGCGGCGCGUGCGCUCUGGCAGGGGCACCCGAGGGCGAAGGGGUUCGGCCAUGGCGGCCUCCAUGAUCUGCAGCCGGGUGUCGGCCGGGCUGAGGGGUAGCGGUCUCCGCGCCUCGCUGGGUUCUGCUGCGGGGAAGGUACUUGCUGGAAGUCCAGGAAUACUCAAUAAGCAUGGGUUCCAGGUGCAACAACAGCAACAGAGGAGGCUAUCACUCCAUGAAUACCUGAGCAUGGGACUGUUGAAGGAGGCUGGCAUUUCUGUUCCACAUGGAGUGGUUGCCAAUACGCCAGAUGAAGCUUACAAAAUAGCAAAAGAAAUAGGUUCAAAGGAUCUUGUGGUAAAAGCGCAGGUUUUAGCUGGUGGUAGAGGAAAAGGAACAUUUGAAGGUGGCCUCAAAGGAGGAGUCAAAAUAGUUUUUUCUCCAGAAGAAGCAAAAGAUAUCUCCUCCCAAAUGAUUGGAAAGAAGUUGUUUACCAAGCAGACAGGAGAGAAGGGCAGGAUAUGCAAUCAAGUAUUUAUCUGUGAGCGCAGAUAUCCCAGGAGAGAAUACUAUUUUGCAAUAACAAUGGAAAGGUCUUUUCAAGGUCCUGUGCUGAUAGGCAGCUCUCAGGGGGGUGUUAAUAUUGAAGAUGUUGCUGCAGAGAAUCCUGAGGCAAUAAUUAAGGAACCCAUUGAUAUAGUAGAAGGCAUAAAGAAGGAGCAAGCUGUUAGGCUUGCCCAGAAAAUGGGAUUUCCUCCUAAUCUGGUGGAUGAAGCAGCUGAAAAUAUGAUCAAAUUAUAUAAUCUUUUUCUGAAAUAUGAUGCUACCAUGAUAGAAAUUAAUCCUAUGGUGGAAGAUGCAUCAGGAGUUGUGAUGUGUAUGGAUGCAAAGAUAAACUUCGACAGCAAUUCAGCCUAUCGUCAGAAGAAGAUCUUUGAUAUGCAAGAUUGGACACAGGAAGACGAAAGAGACAAGGAUGCUGCAAAAGCAGAUCUCAACUAUAUAGGAUUGGAUGGAAACAUAGGCUGCUUAGUCAAUGGUGCUGGUUUAGCUAUGGCCACAAUGGAUAUAAUUAAACUUCACGGCGGAACUCCAGCAAACUUCCUUGAUGUUGGUGGUGGUGCUACAGUGCAGCAAGUGACAGAAGCCUUUAAGCUUAUUACCUCUGAUAAAAAGGUACUGGCUAUUCUGGUAAAUAUUUUUGGCGGCAUUAUGAGAUGCGAUGUUAUAGCACAAGGCAUCGUUAUGGCAGUAAAGGAUUUGGACCUAAAAAUCCCUAUUGUGGUACGGUUGCAAGGUACACGAGUUGAUGAUGCCAAAGCUUUAAUAACAGCUAGUGGCCUCAAAAUCCUUGCAUGUGAUGACUUGGAUGAAGCUGCAAAAAUGGUGGUGAAGCUGUCUGAAAUAGUAAGCUUAGCAAAACAAGCUCAGGUGGAUGUUAAAUUUCAGCUGCCAAUUUGAUCUGGGAAAUGUCAUGCCAGUGUCUAACAUGUUCUCUGAAAUACUGUGUUCUGUGGGAAAUUUUUAAUUUUUCUUUUGUGUGGAGGUUAUGAUUGACAGGCGCAGAAACUGAAGCAUCUGGUCUUCAAUAUUAACAUUCAGAAUGGUCAGAAUUCUUGUAAAAGUGUGUAUUGCUGAAAUUUAGUCUUUCUUAGUUGUUAUUCUCAAGCCUCCAGCUUCUGCUGCAGAAUGUCACUUUCAAUAUACUUCUGCUUUGUCCAAAGUAAAGCUUCUGGUUGAAACACAAUUAUUCUGAACAAAUUUUUAAGUUACUUUACUUGUAAAUUUGUAUUAGCCUUGUUUAAAAAUAAAUAUGACUGGAUUAUCUAGUUGUCCAUGUGGAGAAAUGUAUUGAAACGGUAUUUUAUGUUGGAGACAUUUGUACUUACUUACAUGAGCAAACCAAUCAUUAUUUAUGAACAGAUGCAUUUGAACGUGAUCAGAAAUAUUUUUAGAGGUCCUUCACUGAGRUGGCUGGUAACUCUUCUGGACAACGUGUUAAAUCACUACAAAAUAUACUGUAGCAUUUAGAUUUUCACAAUUUCUGGUCCUCACGAAAAAAGCAUUGUGUAGUUUUAUAUACAAACAAGCAUUUACCAAGCUUCAAAGAGACAGGAUAAAUAGAGAAUUAAAAUGUCUAUUGUACAUCGCUAAUAAAAUUGUACAUUAAUAAAAUAUCUCCCAAAACUUCUAAUGUCUUUUUUAUAUGUUACCUUUUUGAUAAAUUGCAUAGAGUCAGGGAUUAAGCCAUAAUUUAAGAUAGCAAACUAAAACCUUUUUAGGAAUAAGGUUAUAGUGCCACAAACAUUAAUUUUUUUCUUCCCUGAAAUGGACUGUGUGAUUAAAACCAUGUGAACUGUUGUUGAAAGGCAUGGACAUAUAUCAUGCCUGAAACAUCUUGCUAAAAUGUAACUCAUCUCUACACAAACAAUUGUGCAGGAAAUUGAUGCUUUUUGGAGAAAUACUUCUACUAACAAAUAACCAUUAAUUUUUGUCAUCUUACUUGAUUUUCAUAUUACCUUGAACUUGGAACUUGGAUAGUGACCCAUUUACUGUUUAGUUUCUGAAUCAGCACUCAUUUUUUGUUCAUAUUUUGUAGGUUUUUUGUAUAAAAUAUUAUUUUCAUGRUUAAUGAUAGUGUAGUUUUAUCUGGAAAUAAUGAAACCACCUCUGUGGUGGUAUUUCAGAAUGGGAAAUCAUACAAUUACAAGCUAACGACUUUAAAGGAUUAUGUGAAAUGUGGGAAAGUCAAUUAUGGUUAUGAAGAAACGGGGUAUUAAAUGAAAAAAUAUGCUAGGAU